AAAAAUUAGAAAGUGAAAUCAAAGGACUGGCUAGACAAAUGCAAACUAUGAUAACAAAUUAUGCAAAACUUACUGAUCUAUUGGCUGUUCAAACUGAAACAAAGAGCCUAAGAGAAAAUUAUUUAAGUGUAACUAAUCCUACUCAAGAAGAAACUCCUUUGGUAGAAAUAGAUGAAGAUGAAAGAUAUAUCCCAUUUGAUCUAGUAACCAAACCUUAUCGAAAAAGAGAACUCUCUAUA